GGCUGUCUCACCCACUGAUGGCACUCCUGGGCUCUGUGCACUCCAACCUCAUUCCAGAGGAAGAAGAAAUCCCUGAGAGAGCCCUUUAUAGUGUCCACCGAGCUGAUGGCAAUGAAGACGAGAGGGUUGUGUCCAAGUUGCAGCGCAGGCACAGUGACGUGAAAGUUUACAAGGAAUUUUGUGACUUUUAUGCAAAAUUCAACAUGGCCAAUGCGCUGGCCAAUGCCUCCUGUGAGCGCUGUAAAGGGGGCUUUGCGGCUGCUGAGAAGAUCGUGAACAGUAACGGGGAGCUGUACCAUGAGCAGUGCUUCGUGUGUGCUCAGUGCUUCCAGCAGUUCCCAGAAGGGCUGUUCUAUGAGUUUGAAGGAAGAAAGUACUGUGAACAUGAUUUUCAGAUGCUAUUUGCUCCUUGCUGUCAUCAGUGUGGGGAGUUCAUCAUUGGCCGAGUCAUCAAAGCCAUGAACAACAGCUGGCAUCCUGAAUGUUUCCGUUGUGACCUUUGCCAGGAAAUCCUGGCAGAUAUUGGCUUUGUCAAGAAUGCUGGAAGACAUCUGUGUCGCCCUUGUCAUAACCGUGAGAAGGCGAGAGGCCUUGGGAAAUACAUCUGCCAGAAGUGCCAUGCCAUCAUUGACGAACAGCCUCUGAUAUUCAAGAAUGACCCAUACCACCCAGACCAUUUCAACUGUGCCAACUGCGGGAAGGAGCUGACGGCUGACGCCCGGGAGCUGAAAGGAGAGCUGUACUGCCUGCCGUGCCAUGAUAAGAUGGGCGUUCCCAUCUGCGGUGCCUGUCGCCGGCCCAUUGAAGGACGUGUGGUGAAUGCCAUGGGCAAGCAGUGGCACGUGGAGCAUUUCGUUUGUGCCAAGUGUGAAAAGCCAUUUCUUGGACAUCGCCAUUAUGAAAGAAAGGGCCUGGCCUAUUGUGAGACCCAUUAUAACCAGCUAUUUGGUGAUGUUUGCUUCCAUUGCAAUCGUGUUAUAGAAGGUGAUGUGGUCUCUGCUCUUAAUAAGGCCUGGUGUGUGAACUGUUUUGCCUGUUCUACCUGUAACACUAAAUUGACACUCAAGAAUAAAUUUGUGGAGUUUGACAUGAAGCCAGUCUGUAAGAAGUGCUAUGAAAAAUUUCCAUUGGAGUUGAAGAAAAGACUUAAGAAACUAGCUGAGACCUUAGGAAGAAAAUAACUUCAUUUUAUAUAUUUUUUUCAAUGUAAAGAUAAGAGAUUCCCAACAUUAUUUGAUUGAUCCAACCUUACUAAAGCUUUAUCUCAAGUUUGUAAUUAUUUAAAACAUGGUAAACAAGUUCAAAUCUUCAUGAAAUUAAAUUUUGCCUUUGUUAGUAACCCCUCUUAACUUGUUGACACUUCAUAGAAACAACACAUGGCUAAAUGCUGUUUUAAUUAAGGUUCAAAAAUUAAAUAUAACCUUUGAAAUGAAUCAGCUUUUAUAUGACUCAGAUAAAUUUAACAAUAUUGAACUUUAUAAUCAAAAGAAUAUUUAAACUACUACUGGAGGGAAUUUUGGGG